AUGGCUAAUGAAGGGAACAAAAGCAGUGAUUUUUAUGCGGUUUUGGGAUUGAAUAAAGAAUGCACUGAUUCUGAGCUAAGAAAUGCUUAUAAGAAACUUGCAAUGAAAUGGCACCCAGAUCGUUGUUCAGCUUCAGGAAAUGUGAAGUUUGUGGAAGAAGCUAAGAAGAAAUUUCAGGCGAUUCAAGAGGCCUAUUCUGUUUUAUCUGACUCUAAUAAGAGGUUAAUGUACGACGUUGGAGUUUACGACAAUGAUGAUGACGAUGAAAAUGGUAUGGGUGACUUUUUGAAUGAAAUGGUUACAAUGAUGAGUCAAACUACAUCAAACGAAAAUGGAGAGGAGAGUUUUGAGGAAUUGCAGCAGUUGUUUAGUGAUAUGUUUCAAGCAGAUAUUGGAUUAGAUGGAAGCAAUUCUAUGAAUGCUUCUGGUUGCUCCACUUCAUCUACUUUCAUGAAUUAUAACGAAAGUUCUAAUUCUAAUAAACGCAAUUCCAACCAGAUGAAUUAUGGAAUGGCAGGGGAUUCGUCUAGCUUCGAUUCUAAUUAUCAGAACUUCUGUUUUGGGGUGAAGCGCCUUCAAGAAGAUGUGGAGGAGAAGGUAAAAGGGGGAAUUCAAGAAGGAGGAGGUAGCAAUAGACAAAGAACGGGUAGAAAACAAAAAAUCUCAUAUGGCCAUGAUGUUUCCUCUAAUGACAAUAAUGCAAUUUCUGCAAACUAG